AUGGACUCCGGCAACCAAUGGGGGCCGCCCGCGGGGCCGCUGUUCCCCGGCAUGCGGCUCUCGGACCCCUACGGGCAGCUGCCUCUGCCCGCGCCGUCCCCGAACUUCCGAAUUCUAGAGAAUGUGCCGCGCCGGCACAACCCCUACACCGACCACUCUCUGAAGGUCACGAGCAGGUCUGGCUCGCGCGUGGGCGGUAAGGAGCAUCCAAGUCCGACCGUCUCGCAGUGCGACGUCAGCUCCCAGGCCCAUCGGCAAACCAGGCCGUUCAACGACACGCCCACGGCGUCCACCGUGGACCAAAUGAGCGCGCAAGAGGGCGUGCUGUGUGCCACUGCGAGCAACGCGCAGCGGGCCGCGCUCCACGGCCUCAUGGCGAUGCAGAAGGACCGUCCUCGCUCCUUCGACGCGAAGCACACCGCCAGCGCGCCGGGGCACUCGAACCACGGGUCCGCGCUCACCCUCGGCGCCUCCCUCCAGUCUCCAGCCAGCACCCCGGCCCCCGCGGGGCCCUCGCGGCCCUGGAGCCGCGUCUCGGCGGCCAUGCGGUCCAUGCAGACCGCCUUCGGCACCGUCGCGUCCAUCGCCGCGGCCAGCGCGCGCCUCCAGCCGAACCCGGCGGAGGCCCAGCACCUGAUCGAGAGCGCCCAUCACGCCUUCCUAGAGGCCGUCGCCGAGGCCGGCGAGGCGCAGGCGGAGCUGCAGGCCGACCCCGAGCUCGACGCGAUGCACCGGCUCCCCGGUCACGUCUUCCUCCACGUGUCGCGCAACGGCACCAUCCUGCGCGCCCACGGUGCGGCGCUCGAGGUGCUGCAGACGCUGGGCGGGAACCUGCACGGCCAGAGCCUGCUGUCGCUCUUCGAGACGACGGGCACGACGUUCAACCAGCUCGCGGGGGCGUUCGGCCCGCACAGCCACCCGCACCACCCUGUGCAGGGCGCCCUGCGGCUGCGCACGCCGCCCCGAAGGUGGGCCGACGCCAGGCAGCGCCCGCCGUUCGAGCCGCCGGCCGCGCAGGCCGUCGACGUGAUGUUCACGGGGCUGUGGACCGCCAGCCCGGGCGCGGACGCCGCGCCGUGGAUGCUGGCCUGCGUCCGCUGCGCCGAUGACACCACCCCCCCCGCGUGGACCUCGUGGGGGGCGCCGCCGCCGCCGCUGCACGAGCACGUCCGGCUGACGUCCCUGCUCGGGCACUACGGCGCGCCGCCCGACGCCGCGUUCUGGAGCCAGCAGGAGGUGGCGCGCGGCGCGCACUUGCAGCACGACCUUCUGCCCGCGUCGGAGCACGCGCAGUCGCAGUUCGCCGUCGUGAACGACGCGCACGGACUCGGCCCGUCCAUGGAGCUGCAGUGA